CAAUUGAAAAAGAAGUGCCCAGAUAAAGCUGGAAAACUUGCGUUGAUACCUGGUGGUGGAUUCUCCCUUAUCCAGGGAGGCAAAAAUAUCCGUUCGUUGCCCCACUUACCCAACAAACCCCUUCCCCACUGCUUUCCACCACACAAUUCUUUCAAACUCUCUCUCUCUCUCUCUCUCUCUCUCUCUCUCUCUGUGCGGGGGAUGUGGGUGUGUUCAUGUUUGUUCGUCUAUGAGCCAUGGACAGUUUCACAAUCCCAAACAUCGUAAAGUUGUUGUUACCGUUACUAUUCUUCUUUGUUCAGUUUAUCAUCACCCUUGGAUCCCACGCGGAGCUGAUGCCAGUUCAUGAGCUAUCAACCGGGACACUACAGCCCAUGGGUCUAACAGAGUACCGGAUGGUUGAAGCUCAUGAUUCUCACGAUGCACGACGGAGGUUAGCGCCCUUCCAGCUUUGUUUGUUAUGCAAGUGCUGCGCUGCUGCCGCCACUACCAGCUGCACCACUAUGCCUUGCUGCUUUGGCAUCGACUGCCAGCUUCCUAACAAGCCUUAUGGAGUCUGCGCUUUCGUGCCCAAGAAGUGUGACUGUAUUUCUUGUGCUGUCUAAAGCUUUCCGUCUUCGAUCACUUUUCAUCACUCCGCAACUCCACCCCCACACCAAAAAAGAAAAAAACAUAUCUUGGAUAGCUGUCGUGGUGCUGAUGCUAAAUUGCAUCGCCAUCAUAUACUUGUAGAUCGAAAUACAAUUAUUUGCUGAAAGAAUGAAGGUGAAAGUGGCCAAGCUCUGUAUUAUCUAAGUACGAUUGUCUAUAACGUACAUUAAUUCUCAUCUCUCUUCUAUAAGUUAGCAUGAGGCCUAAUGGCCAAUGGAGUUUGUGUAAGUUAUUUCCCAUUACUUAGCAGAUGCAAUUGACAUAUAUAGCUUCCUGCUCUAUAUAUAUAGAAAGUCCCCAUGGUAUUUGUAUUUUGUUUA